AUGGUAAAACUUCCAUUUUCAAUUAUAGUUAACUAUAAUAAUGACACUGAUGCAAUUGAAAAGCUGAUCAAUAUUGUGUAUCCUGAAUUUAAAGAUUCUUCAAAGAAACUGCAUUGCUCACAAAAUAGAGCAAUUUUAACUACAAAGAAUAACUUUGUAGAUGAAAUAAAUGGUCAAUUGAUCAAAAAAUUUCUAGAAGAUUUGACUGAGUACUUAAGCUAUGAUGAAACGUUGAAUCAAAAUCAUCAGUCUGAGUAUAUUGAUCUCCUGAAUACUCUUACACUUAGUAGCUUACCUCCACAUAGGUUGCUGUUAAAACCCAAUGCCCUAAUAGUUCUUUUAAGAAAUUUUGAUCCUACUGAAAUAUUAUGCAAUGGAACCAGACUCAUAAUAAAGAGUUUGAGUAAGAAUGUUAUUUGUGCUAAAAUUGCAGUUGGUGAUUUUUGUGGCAAAGAGGUUUUUAUUGUGACGACCCCACCUUCUCCUAGGGCCUACCCUAGAAGUUAG